AUGCUUUCAGUGGUGGCACAGGGCACCCUGGGGGUGUCCAGAGCUGUCAUCCAUAUUGACGAGCAGAGCAGGAAGGAGAAUUUCAAGCUUCUGGUAGAAGGUGACAACCUUUGGGCAGUCAUGGUCACCAAUAGUGUGAAAGGCACUCAGAUGACUUCCAAUAACACCUAUGAGGUGGAGAAUUCUCUGGGCAUUGAGGCUGCCCUGACAACCAUCAUCAACAAGAUCCAGUACACGAUGGUCAACCAUGGCAUGAACAUCAACAGGAGGCACAUGAUGCUGCUCUCCGACCUGAUGACCUACAAUGUGCCAAAUACUUGGUAUGAAGAUCUGAAGAUGGAGCAUGAGGAGGUCAUGACUGACCUACAGAGAUUGCAGAAUGAGAAUAAGGAGGCUUCAGAGAAGGUGGAUGAGCUUGCCAACCUGACAGUCUUCUAUCGGUAA